AACAUGAGUCAGCAACUAAACAGAAGCCGGAGCUGCUCCUUCAGCGAUGUGGAUGAGCUGAUGAAGACGGUGCAGCUGACGGUCCACAUCCCCACCUUCCUCCUGGGCCUCCUCCUCAACGUGCUGGCCAUCCGAGGCUUUAGCACCUUCCUGAAGAAGAGGUGGCCAAAUUAUGCUGCCACUUCCAUCUACAUGAUCAACCUGGCAGUCUUUGACCUGCUGCUGGUGCUGUCCCUUCCAUUCAAGAUGGCGAUGUCCAAUGUAUGGGCUCCCCAUCCUUCCGUCUGUACCUUCGUGGAGUGCUUCUACUUCGUUAGCAUGUACGGGAGUGUCUUCACUAUCUGCUUCAUCAGUCUGGAUAGAUUCUUGGUCAUCCGGUACCCGUUCCUGGUCAGCCACCUCCGGUCCCCCAGGAAGAUCUUUGGGAUCUGUUGCACCAUCUGGGUCCUCGUGUGGGCGGGGAGUAUUCCCAUCUACAGCUUCCACGGGAAGGUGGAAAAGUACACAUGCUUCCACAACAUGUCUGAUGGCACCUGGAGUCCCCAGGUCUUCUUCCCCCUUGAGGUGUUCGGCUUCCUUCUUCCCCUGGGUGUCAUGGGUUUCUGUUCCUCCAGGAGCAUUCACAUCCUGGUCUGCCGUCAGGGCCUCACCGAGGACUGGGUCCAGCAGAAGGCCUGCAUCUGGACAAUUGCAGCCAGCCUGGCUGUCUUCGUGGUCUCCUUUCUUCCGGUCCAUUUGGGCUUCUUCUUGCAGUUCCUGGUACGGAAUGGCUUUAUUGUGGAGUGUAGAGCUAAGCAGAACAUCAGCUUUUUCUUGCAAUUGUCCAUGUGUUUCUCCAACAUCAACUGCUGCCUAGAUGUCUUCUGCUACUAUUUUGUCAUCAAAGAAUUCCGCACGGACAUCAUGGCCCACCGGCCUUCCAGGGUCCAGCUCGUCCGCCAGGAUACCAUGACCAGCAGGAUCUAA